CAUAUCCAUGGCUGAUUUUACCAGCUUUAUUGAUGCUUGGUGUGGCGGGAAUGCUGAUUUUAUUAACGGACCUGCAGGUAGCCAAUUUGUUUGGAUCACGACGUUAUACCGUGAUGUCCGUAUUCGUUGGAGCUUAUUUCUCGGGAGGCAUUGUUAUAUUCUUCAUGAAGUUGACGAAGGCCACAGGAGUAAGUCUUCAGACAUCUUUCAUGUUUACAACGAUUGGUAUUGUACCCGUCCUGAUAUCAACAAUUGCCAUGUUACCAAGGUCAAGGAUUCCGUGGCCGUUACCGGCUGAAUACGGUAAGAACAGACGCGUCAAUCACGCAGAAGAUAAACACGCAAAGACUAAAGCUUGGCAAAGGCGAACAUCAGUUGGCACCAAGAAAAAGCACGAUUUGUCUGAGUUUUGGGGGAUAAUUAAAACAAAAUUAUACAUUUUCUGUAUAAUUUGGUACUCGCUGCUUACUCUUAAAAUAUGGAUGUAUGACAUGACCGUCUAUAGACAACUUUCACAUAUCGGUGUUAUAGAUACUGAUAAAUAUGUAUCGCUUUAUGCCUUGAUACUUCUGCUUAGUUUACCAAUAUCUCCUUUGUUUGGUAUAGUAAUGGACUGGAACAAGAAACAAGUAACAGCACAUUACCAUAUCCUUCAGAUGAAAAACAUAUUCUAUGCAGUCAGUAUUCAUUUCUGUAUUGCUUUGCUAAGCAGUGUGACGUCAUUAUUUUCAAAUAUCCAUGUUCAAGUGCUUUCAUUCAUCUUUGUUGCCAUGGAAAAAGUUGCUCUUCACGCAACAUUGUAUGCCUUUUUAACUCAUGUACAUUUUCCAAGCGAGCAUUUCGGUAAACUAGUUGGAAUAGUGAUAGGCUGUUCCGGUAUUACCCUUAUCCUCCAAUUUCCAUUAAAACUGUUAUUUCAUCAAGGAUCGUCGGACAACACAUUUUACGUCCACAUUGUUCUACUAGUUUUUGUCGUGGUGUCAGGAUGUCAUCCCCUGUCCCUCUGGUACCACUGCAGGACAGGAGGUAUAAAUAACAGUGCAGAGAUGACCGAACAAGAGCGUCCAUUAACUAUCGUUCUUAUGGAAAACAUAAUGAAAAAGCAGGAUAAUAGUAAUGAUGAAAACAAAACAGAUCAUGCUGAUAAACUUACUGAAGCAGAGUCGGCAAAACUUCAGAUUACGGAUCUCUAAGAAUAAUUACAUGGAUUAUUCAUUCUCCUUAGUGAUGACAUAAACUAUGACUGUAAAGAUUAGCAGAAAGAAGUGUCCAAAGUGUUUUGUUUUAGAUAUAAGUAAUGAAAUCGAAAACAAAAUACAAAAACGUUUGUUUGGAAAGCUGUUUAGUGUGAUGUUUUAUUUAAAUGGAUUAUUGUUGUUUCAAACAAACUCUAUUGAUGGGUACAUUCAACAUCUUAAGACAAAACAAUAUAAGAUACACGUGUAGACCUAUAAAAAGUGUUUAAAACCCGUCCACUACUACUAUUUUUUGUUUUUGAAAUCAUAAACAGAUUUUGUUUGUUUUAAAAUAUGUUAUUAUCAUAUUUGUUUACAAACAGACAAUAUCUGGAUGAAAUACAACAAACGUUAGUAAUCAUCAUGUAACAAACUUUAACGAAAUUUAAUUUUCUUACGUUAUUCAUCAAUUAGCGGAACGACCUAGAUUGGUUUUACUAACCUUGUACACUUGCUACUCCUAAACAAUUUGUAAAAAAUAUACAAAACAUUCUGUCAUUCUAUUAGAAACGGGAAAUACUUUAAGUGGCAACAAAAGUGAGUUUAGUUAUAUUUUACACAAUGCGUUCCCAAUUUGCACCUAGAUUGUGAAUAAGUUUACACUUUGAAACAGUACUUUAGAUAUAUCUUGCUUACGAUUGAUUUGUAAACACAUGUUAUUUUACUUGUCAACAGACUUGUUGCUUUAAUAGUGUCUUUUCUCCAACAAAUAUAUAAUUUUAAACAUUGCAUACAAAACAAUGAAUGUGUAUGUGUGUUUUUUAAGUAAUUAUCGUGAAUUUAUUUCAAUAUCAUGCUGCAGAAUGUUCGAAAUAGAUUAUGAACUGUCAGACCAUCAAUCACAUCGUCCAAGUUAGAGAUAAUAAAGAAAAGACGUAAAUGCCACUGGGAUAGAAGUCUCUAGAAAUAACAAACUUUUUCGAAGGACACGUUAGAAGUGAUGAAAUCUAUCAAAUGUACACAGUUAUCGUGAUAGCUAUGGUUAAUUCUUACAUAAAGGAUAGUCUAAUGAUGAUAUAUUAAGAUAUAAUUAUCACCAAGAGAAAGUGAGAGGCUACGAAUGUUGAUAUGAAAGCAUAUAUAACGUCACGUAACAAAGCAAAACAUAUCAUUAAAAGGUAGUUACAGGAUUUUUUCACAUUCAAUUAUAAUAUUUAAAAAGAGGACAGCCAAAUUUAUAGAAGUGAUCUAUUUCACUCGAAAACUUGAUGUCUUUACAAAGAAAAUAUUGGUAGAAUGGAAAAAACAGUUCAUAUCAUUCGAAAAAAGACAGUUUUGUGAGUAGAACCCAAUAUUCAACAACUGACAUUUUUAAAUAGAAUCUAUUAUAAAGUUAUUGCAAUGCUUAAAAGAAUAUUUUUACAUAGGAAUGUAUACAUAUGAAAAUAUCCGUACAUCAUUCAUUAGUCAUAAGUUCUAGUUUACCAGAUCUUUCAAAGACACAUACUUGAAACUCAUUUGUAAACAAUA